GUGGUUAAUUUAAAAUCGCCGCAGACGUGCAACGCGCCACUCGAGUAUCGUCCGAAGCGUCCAUUAGACCAACAAACCGCCAGCGCUUAGCAGGCUAACUGUGUGCACGCGUUCGCGCCGUUUUGUGUGUUGCAAAUAAAAGAUUUUUGUGAAAAUAAAUUUUUGAUUUUGCCAGUCAGUUCAGUCAGCGAUUUUGUACGUGUUUCGCGCGUCUAAGUGUGACUUAAUAAAUUUUCGUUUCAUUUAAAGCAAAAAGGCAGAAGGCAGUCGGCAAGAUGGUUGUCAACUUUAAGGUCUUUAAAAAGGUCUCGCCCAACAACAUGAUCACCUUGUACAUGAACAAGCGUGAAUUCGUCGACUCCAUUUCGGUGGUGGAGCCAGUCGAUGGCAUCAUCGUACUGGAUGAUGAGUACUUGCGACAAAAUCGCAAAAUCUAUGUGCAGCUCGUCUGCAACUUCCGUUAUGGACGCGAAGACGAUGAAAUGAUCGGAUUGCGCUUCCAAAAGGAACUUACGCUCGUCUCGCAGCAAGUAUAUCCACAGCAAAAGGUGGACAUACAGCUGACCAAAAUGCAGGAGCGUUUACUAAAGAAGCUCGGCUCCAAUGCGUUCCCCUUCGUUAUGGAACUGCCGCCCAGUUCACCAGCCUCGGUCGUGCUGCAGCAGAAGGCCAAUGACGAAACGCAACCUUGCGGCGUGCAAUAUUUCGUGAAGGUCUUUACUGGCGAUAGCGAGUGUGAUCGCUCACAUCGUCGCAGCACCAUCAAUUUGGGCAUACGCAAAGUACAGUACGCACCCAAUAAGCAAGGUAUACAGCCUUGCACAGUGGUACGCAAAGAUUUUCUACUCUCCCCUGGGGAACUGGAAUUGGAAGUCACGCUGGACAAGCAACUGUAUCAUCACAGUGAGAAAAUUGCUGUGAAUAUUUGUGUGCGCAACAAUUCGAAUAAGGUGGUCAAGAAGAUUAAGACCAUGGUGCAGCAGGGCGUCGAUGUGGUACUCUUCCAGAAUGGACAAUUCCGCAACACGAUUGCAUUUGUGGAGACCAGUGAGGGUUGUCCGCUCAAUCCGGGCUCCAGCUUGCAAAAGGUUAUGUAUUUGGUGCCGACAUUAGUGGCCAAUUGCGAUCGUGCUGGCAUUGCCGUGGAGGGUGAUGUGAAGCGCAAGGAGACAUCGCUGGCAUCGACAACGCUGAUCGCCAGUCAAGAUGCGCGUGAUGCUUUUGGUAUCAUCGUUUCGUAUGCCGUUAAGGUGAAGCUCUUCUUGGGCGCUUUGGGCGGCGAACUAUGUGCCGAGUUACCAUUCAUUCUCAUGCAUCCAAAGCCCAGCCGCAAAGCUCAGGAGGCCGAGGCAGAAGCAGAAGCUUAAGCUCUGCCGUACACUUGAUCUACUUGAAAAAUACAUAUUGCUAUAAAGAGUUUUUGAUGAUGUUGCUAAUUAUACUCUACACAACUACUUACAAAUGGACUUUAACAAAUCCGUAUUAAUCCACUAGACGCAAUUAUAAAGUGCUUUACUUACAUGCAUAUAUAUGUAUGUAUAUGUAUACUUAUCCAAAUAAUUAUUUAUCAAUGUGAUUUAUUUAAUGUAUUUGGUUUGUUGAGAGGAGAGGAAACUUGAAGCUUGUUACUUUUUAUUACGUGUUGUUACCAUUUGUUAGCUGCAAUUGCUAUAUAUUUGUAUGUAUGUAUGCAACAGAGUGCAUAAGUAUCGAAUUAAUUUUAACAAAAAUAAAAAAUAAAUUAUGAAAAAUGGA